AUGGCGUCAUCACUGAAAAUCUUCGAGCUACUGGAUGUGUUGGAUAAUUUGAAGCACCUGAAACGGACGGGAUGGGUGAAGUGCGGCGUGCCGGAGCCGGAGACUGUUGCCUGCCACAUGUAUCGGAUGGCAGUGCUCGCGAUGGCUCUGGAAGGGCAGAUCGAGGGGCUGGACACCGUGCGAACCGUCAAAAUGGCGCUGGUGCACGACAUCGGAGAGGCGAUCGCCGGGGACAUCACUCCGAUCUGCGGCGUCUCGGAUCAGGACAAAUUCGAUCUGGAGAAGAAUGUUUAGACGGUGACGGAUGAAGAAGAAACGGAAAGUAGGAAUUCAGGCCGUCGACACGAUAGCAUCGUUCGUUCCGAACGUCGGAGACGAAUGGGAAAUGCUGUGGAGGGAGUACGAGGAGGCGGCGUCGCUGACCGCUCGGGUCGUCAAACAUCUCGACAAAUUUGACAUGAUUGUGCAGGCGGACAAGUACGAGAAAGUUCACGGUGAGCACGAAAACGAGGAACAAGCAUCCGAUCUGAUUUCAGGAAUCGAUCUGCAGCAGUUCUUCACGAGCACAGUCGGAGUCCUCAAGAUGGAGCCGUUCGCCACGUGGGAUCGUGAGCUGAGGGACAAACGGAACAAACGGAUAAAUGAAAAUUGA